AUGGAUUCCGACCAACCCCUGUACAUUUUGAUAGGUGAAGGUGAGAACAACAAUCAGCGGAUCGCAGCCGUAGAGAAGUUGUUUGGCUUCUCUUCUCAGAAGCUGAUGGCUCCCAAGCGCGUUCUAGUUGGCGAAGGCGUGCUUACCAAAAUCUGUCGACGUAAACCGAAAUUGCGACACUUCUUCCUAUUCAACGAUGUUCUACUCUAUGGUCGAUUGCUUGUGCACCGCAAGCUUGGCCAUCCGCAGUUUAUUGACCUUUCUGAGGCUGUGGUUGAAGAUAUUUGUGAUAAUGGAAUCUAUCGCAAUGGCUUCGCUAUUAUGAGUCCAAAAAAGUCGUUCACUGUUUACUCCUCGACGGCAGAAGAGAAGAUCCAAUGGGUGGCACAUAUGAAACGAAGUAUUGCGGAGGCGCGCGCCCUAUCUGGCAACCCUGCUCGUGAUGAAGUCAAGCUUUCGCCUAUUUGGAUUCCAGACGCCGAGGCGUCACACUGCAUGGUCUGUCGGAACACUGAGUUCACCCUUGUGCAUCGUAGAAGCCAACGACUAAUGGAUCGAACCAUUGAAAACGAACCGUCGCAGCCUGCCGCUGAACCUGAAACCGGUUCCGAAACGGCCGCAUCGGUUACCGAAUCCAGCGGAUCGCCCGAUCUGAACAAGCGCGGUACGCGUUUCUUCACUCCGAAUGAACCUAAUGCAGAGGACCCAGUUCGGGAACCGAGAAUCGAGAGAUUAUUUCUUUCGGCUCGCGAUAUGGAGUGUGUGGCCGAACGGCUAAGUGUUCAAACAACCAGCCGGGAAGUCGCGGGCACGAAACUCCUCACGGGAAUCGAUACGAUGCCCCGUUCAUCUGGUGAUAAUGAAAAGAUAAGCCGUUUAAUUCUAGAUUUGCGUCUGACUCGAACCAGCUCGUGUAGCGAAUGGAGCCUCGGGUGUCAUUCUAACUAG